AGCGAAAGACUAAGUUAAAUGCAGAAACCAAUCAAUUUCUUUUAAUCUAAAUCUUCAAAUUUUGAUAUUUCUCCCACUCCUUCAAAAGAUAAUGUUAAGAAAAUGCAAGUGUAUGAAAUGAGUGAAAGAAAAAUUCCAUAUCAAAGUUCUUUCCUUGGAAGCAGCUCCGCAUUUCCAGGCAGCUUUUCAAAUGAAAAUGAUAUUUCUUAAAUAUAAAAUAAUAACUUAAGUAUGAAACUUAUGAACGAAGAAUAGUAGAAAUAAGAAUAAAAUUAAAAAGUCGCAGCAUUUCCUAAACUUGUAGAAAAAUAUGUGCCAUUUGAAUAUAUAAAUUACAUUAAAAUUGUAAAAUUUGUUGAACCAACUCCAUUUUUUUGGAAUUAAAAUAUUAAUUCUAGCACAGUCAAUUAAGAUGUUUGGUAUGAAAUUCAAGCAAAGAAUCAAUUCGGAAAAAUUCUUUCAAGAAAGAAAAUCUGCACUAAAAACAAUUAACAUCUUGAAUAAUAAAUAAACGAAAUCUCAUUUAUGAAAGGAUUCAGAUUAGUUUAGGUGGCUCACAUUUAAACAGCUUUGAGCUAAAUGCAUAACUCUUAUAAAAAUUUAAAGGAUGCCUACUACAUCCAGAAAAUGGAUGAUGGAGAGUAUCAUGGUACGUUGUCUAAUAACAAUAUUCCAAAUGGAUUAGGUAUUUAUUACUAUACUGAUGGAAGCAUUUAUUAAGGCUAGCUCCAAAUGAGAAAAAGACACCAAAAAGGAUACUAUAUUAUGAGUGAUGGCUCUACUUAUGAUGGCAGUUGGGUAGAAGACUAAAUGUGUGGUGAAGGUACACUCACGGAUUCUUUUAAAAAUGAAUAUCGUGGACAGUUCAAAUAUGGAGAAAAAUAAGGAAAAGGAAGAAUUACAUAUAAAGAUGGUUCAACUAUGGAAGGAACAUGGUCUAAUGGUUAUGAAGAAGGAGAGUUUUUACUCACUGUCGGAGUUAAUUAUUUUAAAUUAAUGUUUGAAAAAGGAGUUAUAAAAUCAAUUAAUGGUGUUACAAUAGAUAAAGUUCCUAAAGACAGUACUCACUAUACAUUAAUUCAUGUAUAAAUUUUUCCAGAGUAAAUAGAAAUAAAUGAAUAUUUAAAGCCUUUUAAAUAAAAUAAACAACAAGCAUAAUAACCAAAAUACCAAAAUAUAGAUCCUUAAGCAUUUUAAGUUGCUAAGUAAUAAAAAGAAUAGCAAUCUCUUUUUAAUAUUAGCUUGGACAACAAAUCUCAGUUAUAACUUCAAAAUCAAAGUUCCAGCCCUUAUAGCUAAAAGAAUAAUUUUGUUUUGCAAAGCAGAUAGCUUAAUUAGAUAUAAAAAAUGCAAAAUAAUCUAUGA